GCGCAACCUGCCAAUUACAAUGUACUUUUGUAUUAUCCGCGUACAAAUUUGAAUUCGCUUCCUCGAGAGAUAGCGACUUGGGGAUACCGAAAUCUAACAUGGAGGUCGAUACGAUAGAUGCGAAAAAGCCAUCUGAAAAGAAUUACGACAAUGGCUCGCGUGUCGUAAAACGAGCGAGAACGGAACUUACCUCGAAAGAAGAGCGCGAGAGACGACGACGCUUAAAGGAAGCGCAAAGAGAUUACGGCCGAGGGCGCAAGGUCAAUAUUCAAGGGAUUAAAGACAAAAAACUGCGAAGCAAUCUGAAGUCCCUCGAAAACAAGUACACGGAUGCGACCGUGAAGGCGAAAGAUGCCGAAAUUCUUCUCGAGAACACCAGCGGAUAUUUAGAACCGGAGCAUGAGUUGGAGAGGACUUAUAAAGUACGACAAGACGAAAUAGAAAAUGAGGUCUCUACCGAUUCGGCGAAGAAGCGAUUUGAGCUAAAACUCGAUCAACUCGGGCCCUAUGUUUUCGAAUAUUCGCGGACGGGUCGAGAGUUGCUAUUAGCAGGGCGCAGAGGUCAUGUCGCUACCAUGGAUUGGCGCGAAGGAAAAUUGGGAUGCGAAUUACAACUUGGCGAAACCGUUCGGGACGCGAUAUGGCUUCACAAUAAUCAGUUCUUCGCCGUGUCGCAGAAAAAGCACGUUUACAUAUACGACCGCCAAGGUGUUGAAGUACAUUGUCUACGGAAACAUCAAGAGGUCACACAUAUGGAAUUCCUGCCGUACCAUUUCUUGUUAGCGACUUUGGGAAUGUCUGGAUAUUUGAAGUAUCAAGAUGUAUCUACCGGUCAACUCGUCACGGAAAUACCUACAAAGCUCGGUGCUCCUGUCUCUCUUACCCAAAACCCUUACAACGCCGUUUUACAUGCUGGCCACCAAAACGGGACUGUCACGUUAUGGUCACCGAACUCCCCUGAGCCAUUAGUGAAGCUGUUAGCUCACAAAGGCCCGGUGCGAUCGCUCGCCGUUGAUAGAGAAGGCCGAUACAUGGUAUCAGCAGGACAGGAUUGUAAGAUGAAUAUAUGGGAUAUAAGGAUGUUUAGAGAGGUCAACAGUUACUUUACACGACAACCUGCUUCAUCUCUCGCGAUAUCGGAUCGGGGUCUUACUGCCGUUGGAUGGGGAACAAAAACUACAAUAUGGAAGGGUCUUUACUCUAAACACGCCGCCGAACAAGAGAAAGUUCAAAGUCCAUACAUGACUUGGGGUGGCGAAGGCAAACGCAUUGAACGGGUUCGUUGGUGUCCAUUUGAGGAUGUGCUAGGGUUAGGUCACGACGAGGGGUUUUCGUCGAUCAUUAUACCUGGUGCGGGAGAACCCAACUUCGAUGCGCUCGAAGUUAAUCCAUUUGAGACCGCCAAACAACGACAAGAGACUGAAGUCAAGUCGUUGUUGAACAAGUUGCAACCUGAGAUGAUUGCAUUGGAUCCUAACUUCAUCGGAAACUUGGAUUUACGUUCCGAGAAGCAGCGUCAAGCCGAGAAAGAUCUAGACGCUAAACCUGUGGAUAUCGAAACGGAAAUCAGAAAUAGGGCCCGCGGAAAGAACAGUGCGUUGCGCAGGUACUUGAGAAAGCAGCGGUCUAAGAACAUCAUUGACGAGAAGAGACUGAAGGUUGAGGAACUCUGGAAGGAACAAUUACAGCAGCGGGAGCAGAAGGCCAAAGACAAGGAAGUCGAACUUGGACCAGCUCUAGCAAGAUUCGCCAGAAAGGAGUAACCAGAAUCCAAUAAUAGUUAGAGGGCACCCAAUCUAGCUGAGAUGCGUCAUCUUAAUUUAUUAGAUACCUAAUGACUUAAUCGUUGGCGUUUCAUGACUCUUAGGUCACUGGGUGCGACGAAUGGAAAUAUCUACGUGGCCAUAUCGUAGAGGGUUUGUGCUGCACCUGUCGUUGAGGCAAAAUGCUUGCGUUUACUAUACUGCUAGGUAGAUUG